AUGGCUCCGACCACCUACACAACCUUGGAAAUCAAUACCUCAGAUGGAGUCGAUACCGUCUACCCCGAGAGGACAGAGAAGCUCGUCGAGCCAGAUGGAUCCUACGAGUAUUUCCGGCUCGUUGCCGAUGAUGAACCAAAGGCCAUGCUGUACUUGGUCAAGGGUGCCAAUGCAUUGAUGGAAGAAUACGGAAUGACCGAGCCAGGUGUACAGUACAUCUUCAAGUCUCUGCCAGACAACUAUCGUCUCUAUGAGCACAUCAAGUGCCACGGCGGAGCUAACGCCCGACGUGACACCUAUCUGUUUGGCCACCCCGCUAGUAAAAGAUUCCGCUCAGUCAAUGAGUUCAUUCCCCAUCUCCUAUACCUCGCUGGCAAAGAUAAGACGUGCAGAUCGCGGAGAACUGUAGCCGUCGAAGAAAGGCAGAAGGAGCAGGAGACAGCCGGGUGGGUGAUGAGGAAAGGCGAAAUCGUCUGGGUUUGGGUAUCCGACAAUCCCGAAGCUGAACAAGAUGAAAACGAUCCCUUGAUUGAUCAUGACGGCGGAAUCUGGAUGGCUGGAAUUGUUGCGGAACGUCCAAACUAUUCCCCUCCGCUGGAAAGUAACAAGACAGCCGGGGGUCGGGGUCUUUUCUCUGAUAUCGAGAUGGAUGAUACUUCGCCUUGGCAGGAGGUUGGAGAUGGGUGUUAUACCAUUCAGCUCUGCUCCGAUACAGAACCUGGUCAGAUCUUGGAAAACAUCAAACAACGCCAUGUUCGACCAUGGUUAGCACGUCUGCAGUGUUCCGAAGUACGCAACCGCACCGAACAUCCUACAAUUCCCAUCGCCCGUAAAAUGGCGGAAACAUUUUGCUUGUUCGACCGCCAGUCGGAAGAUGUGGCCUUUCAAGGCGCAUUCAUUGGCGCCGAAAAGAUUUUUCUUAAUGAGCCGGUCCGAAUAUCAAACCAGGCUGAUCAUUUCGAGGACGUUCUGGUCGUCGAAAAAGUAUUCAAAGAUGAGAACCUUUUUAUGUUGAAAGGCAUCCAAUACACUGCCUAUCCGUCAAAGGAGUGUACUGCCAUCACCUUUGAGGAGUUUGCAAAUCUCCCAUUUCGUAUGAGACGCGGUAGUGGGUCCGGGGAGGUUGUGAAGUGGUUUAGACGUAAUGCGCUCGGUGAGCGCACCGAAUGUUCCGUCGGGAGCGUCCUAGGACGCUGGUACGAGCCACAAGCAGUCCAUGCUUGGACUGGAUCAACUGGAUUUUCCGGAGGAAACCGCGCACCAGGAAAGGGAUUGCAGCGUACUGUCUUGGCAAGAAUCGUCAAGAAUCGAAAGGAAGGCCUUGGCUUGCAUUCCCUCAACGGCGUUGACCUUGAGACUGACGUCGAAAGACCAGGUGACCCCGGAAAGAACCUUUAA